AGGGACAAAUAAUGACUUGCUCAGAACAGUGUGGAUUAUAGUGUUUAUAAACAAUGGAUCGUUGGUUUGGAAAAGUAGCGAUUGUUACCGGUGCGAGCUCCGGAAUUGGGGAGACGAUUGUAGAAGCUCUAGUAAAACACGGUAUUAAAGUUGUUGGUAUCGCGAGAAGUAUGAACAGACUUAGGGAAUUGACCGCAAAAUUUGGCAAAGAUAAGUUCUAUCCUAUGGAAUGUGACUUGACGAAAGAAGAAGACAUCCUCAAAGCGUUUAAAUGGAUCGAGAAAGAAUUGAGUGGUGCCGAUAUUCUUGUGAACAGUGCGGGAGCUUUGAUUAAAACACCGAUCAUUGAUUCACCUACCGAGAACUUUCAUAAAGUAAUCGAUACCAACCUAAUAGCUCCUGCGAUUUGUGCACGAGAAACUAUUCAGUCUUUGAAAAAGCGAAAUGCUGCCGGGCACAUAAUAAACAUCAACAGUAUGUGCGGUCAUUUUGCCGAGAGUAUGCACAUACCACUCGGUAUCUACCCCGCCAGUAAAUACGGUGUGACUGCUUUGACUGUCGAACUCCGUCAUGAAAUAAUCGCAGCCAAUUUGAACGUCAAAGUUACGAGCGUCAGCCCCGGAAUAGUGAGAACAAAUAUGUUAAAACAUAAUAUACCAAUUGAUUCAGCCACACCGACAUUACAAACCACGGAUGUCGCAGAAGCAAUAAUUUAUGCAUUGCAAACACCGGAGCAUGCAGAACUUAUCGAAAUUACACUUAUGCCACAUGGCUUGGCAGUAGGUUGCCCAUUACUUCCAGAAGUAAUGAAACAAUUAUAAAGCAACAAGAAUAUCAGAUUCCAUGGAUUUAUCUCUAAAUUACAGGAUGAAAUUUUGAAGUAAAAAAUAGGACGAAAAUAAAGAAUAACGAAAUUACGUUUUCGAGAGAGAUGCAUUUAAAAAUCACCUUUUCCCUUUUAAAAUAAAUGCAAUUUUUAAACGCUUACUGUCUACUAUUUAUUAGAUAACACUGUUGUAUAAUUUUAUACGGCAGAAAGAAACGUUAGUUAUAAGUAAGGCGAAACGUUAGAGAACAAUUAAGAACUCUCACGAGUUCGGCAGAAAUUAAAAGAAACUGAUGAGAGUAGAGAUCGCGACUAAUGUUCGAAGGGUUUUUGUUAACUGUGGUCACUGGGGUGUGUCCGCACGAAUCUGUUAGAUUCUAUCACUAAAUAUUUCAUAUUAAUAAUCUGCAUCAUUGAAAUUCUAACAGGCACUAAGAAACUUUUCGAAACUAAUGAUAAUUUUGUUUCAUACUUAACAUAUAUUAACACUACAACUACCGAUGUUUGAUGCACACUUAUUUUUAAUUAUAUUAUAUUCAAUUUUUUGUAAUUACUUUUGUCAUUUGUCCUGGCAUUUAAUGUGUAUUUAAAAUACUUAAAGCACAACUGUGUUACGUUUAAGAUGUACGUAAGUUUUAUGUAAUUCAUUAUAAUUACAAAUUCUUUGUAAUUAUAAAAAGCUGAAAGAGUUGUAUAAUAAUA